CCGAUUGGCGCCGGCGGCCCCGGCUCCCCCCGCGCCCCGCGCCCGGCCCGCCGCAGCCAUGAACCCGCUCUUCGGCCCCAACCUCUUCUUACUGCCGCAGGAGCAGCAGGGGCUGCCCGGCGCCGAGCCGCCCGCCCCGCGGCCCGCAGAGCCCUUCGCGGCCGAGCGCGGCCCCCCCCCGCCGCCGCCGCCGCCGGCCGCUGCCGGCCCCUUCCCCGCGCCGCCUGCCGCCAUGGCCCUCCGCAAUGACCUGGGUUCCAACAUCAGCGUGCUGAAGACGCUGAACCUGCGGUUCCGCUGCUUCCUGGCCAAGGUCCACGAGCUGGAGCGGCGCAACCGGCAGCUGGAGAAGCAGCUGCAGCAGGCGCUGGAGGAGGGCGGCCGGGCCCGCGGUCCCCCGCGCCGCGACCAGGCGGUGCAGACCGGCCUGGUGGGGCCCAUCCGCCCGCUGGGGCUGGCGCUGGCCGCCGGCCGCCCCGCCGCGCUCUGCGGGCCCGCCCGCCCGCUGGGCUCCCCGGGCUGCCACCCCGGCGCCCCCGCCCAGCCGCCGCCCUUCGCGGCCAACUCCCGCUUCAUGCCCGGCACCAUCUGGUCCUUCUCGCAGGCCCGGCGGCUGGGCCCGGGGCCGGAGACCACGCUGGUGCAGGGGCCGGGGGUCUCGUGGAUCCACCCGGACGGGGUGGGCGUGCAGAUCGAUACCAUCACCCCUGAGAUCCGCGCCCUCUAUAACGUGCUGGCCAAGGUGAAGCGGGAGCGCGACGAGUACAAGCGCAGGUGGGAAGAGGAGUACACAGUUCGUGUCCAACUUCAGGACCGAGUCACAGAGCUGCAGGAGGAAGCCCAGGAGGCUGAAGCAUGCCAGGAGGAACUGGCCAUGAAGGUGGAACAACUUAAGGCAGAGCUUGUUGUCUUCAAGGGACUGAUGAGCAAUAACAUCACAGAGCUGGACACCAAGAUCCAGGAGAAGGCCAUGAAGGUGGACAUGGACAUCUGCCGGCGCAUUGAUAUCACUGCCAAGCUAUGUGAUGUGGCACAGCAGCGGAACUGCGAGGACAUGAUCAAGAUGUUUCAGUCUCUGCACUUGUCUCCCGUUAAGGUCCCAGCCUCGAUGGGGCGGAAGCGGGAGCGGAAGCAGGUCAGCGAUGAAGAUACUUCACUGUCAGAGAGCGAUGCCUCCAGAAAGCCUGAUGAGGAAGAAGAGGACGAGACCACAGCCAUGAGUAUCAAUGAGGAAAUGCAGAGGAUGCUGAACCAGCUGAGGGAAUAUGAUUUUGAAGAUGACUGUGACAGCCUCACGUGGGAGGAAACAGAAGAGACACUGCUCCUCUGGGAGGAUUUCUCUGGAUACGCCAUUGCAGCUGCAGAGGUGCAGGGGGAGCAGCAGGAUGACAGCCUGGAGAAGGUGAUCAAAGACACAGAGUCGUUGUUCAAGAGCCGUGAGAAGGAGUACCAGGAAACCAUCGACCAAAUAGAGCUGGAGCUGGCCACGGCCAAGAAUGAUAUGAACCGGCACCUGCAUGAGUACAUGGAGAUGUGCAGCAUGAAACGAGGUCUGGAUGUGCAGAUGGAGACCUGCCGGCGGCUCAUCACCCAGUCUGGGGACAGGAAGUCUCCUGCCUUCACCCCAGCCUCCACCAGCGAGUCAGCCCCCAAUGAGGAGAGUGAGGAGUCGGAUCGUGACCCCCCUAGCGAUGCUUCCAUCAGAUAAUGAGGGGAGGCCCUGUUCCCUCAGCGCCCCACUCCUGGCUGAGAGGUGUCUGAGCUGCAGCUGGGAGAGACUGUCAGGGAUGUGGAGCAGCUGGUAACCAUUUGUUGCCAGGCCCACCCCCACCUCGGGGCAUCUGGCAGAUCCCCUGCUACCAGGUGUCUUGCAAAUGGCUAGGUAAACCUGUCCGGGCUGCUCACCUCCGGCCCCUUCUCUGUUCCUCUCCCCUGCUUUGGUUUAACCAUGGUUCAGGCAGGAUGGUCCCAAACUUGCCACAGCAGUGUUCUCCAGGGGCUGUCCUAGGUCCUCCAAACACAACCUCCUCCAGACUCUGUCCUGGCAUAUCCGACCUGCCCCUGGCCCUCCUCACGCCAUGCAGAAGUCGAACUCGAGCUGUACCUCCCUGCAAACUGGACCUGACCCUGGUGCCAACUGGACCGAGCCUGGGGCUCUUCCCAUCCUUGCUGCUCCCCAGGCACUGGGGUGGCCCUGGAGCUGUGCCAGGCCCCACCACUCUCCCCUCCUUCGGAGCAGGGACCAAGUCCCGCUCACCAUGCACUUUGCUUUGCUGCGCGUCAGCAGCACAUUUGUUACAGAGACCAGGAAUCAUUAAACGGGACUGAUGCCUUUUCUACAGCUCCUACAGGUGUGGGCUCUCACUGGGCUGCAGCAGGUGUUGGGCUAUACUGCUGGAAGCAGGGCUCCACUGCCCAUCCCCACACCAGGCCCGCUGCAGCGUGGCCUGCAGGGUGCUCCAUCCCUCAGAAGGUGCUGGUGGUGAGAUUCCUCUUCUGGCAGUUACAGGCCCUCAAAGGGCUGCAUGUAAUGCUGGUACUGCGUGGGCCAAGCUCCGGGCUAAAAAUAAACGUGAACCCAAUUGUUUUAUCUGCA